AUGACCCACGACCCCGCGGCACCCCCCGCAUCUCCUCCGUCUCCGGAGCUCGCGCACGUGCAGAAGCACUGGGAUGCUAUCCGGCCCAACUCGCCCGUCUACGGCUUCUUCUUUGGCGACAUCAAGCUCGUCUCGGCCACCAAGGACCAGGGGCGCGUCAUCGCACACCUGCCGCUCGGCCCCCAGCACAUCAACAGCAAGAAGAUCCUGCACGGGUCCGUGUCGGCCACCCUGGUCGACUGGGCCGGCGGGAUGGCCAUCGCCGCGACGGGGCUCGAGCGCACCGGCGUCAGCGUGGACAUUCACGUCUCGUACGUGUCGGCGGCCCGCGAGGGCGACACGCUCGAGAUCGAGACGUGGGUGAGCAAGGUCGGACGGUCGCUGGCCUACACAAACGUCGAGAUCAGAAAGCUGGGUGGCGCUGGCCAACAGGACAAGAAGACCGUCGUCGCGACGGGAAGCCACACAAAGUACCUCAACGUCUAG